UGUUUUUCUUUGAAGGAAUUUAAGUUGUAAUGUUUAUCAAUUAGGAAAAUUAGACAAAAUUUGCAACAAAUUAUUAUUAUUGAGUGUAAAUUAUAUUUUUAUUAAUGACUAUUGCAAUAUAAAUUCUCCUCAAACUCAUAACAACACAAAACUAUCAAGGAUAUUACCACAAAAUGAUGGAAUGUGCAUAAGCUAAGAUAUAUAAUAAAUAUUAUAGUAAAUACCAGCGAGUAGGCGAGUCAUCAACACGUAAUACAAACAUAUGAGUAUACUCCGGCAAGCUUUAUGUUCAAUUGAUAGCUUCACACUUAGUUAUCAGCGCGCUUUCAACGGGUAAACUAGCAAACGAUAUUCAAACGUUGUGGCUGCAAAUUUAUAGCAGCGCAAAAAACAAUUCCACUGUACAAAUAUAACUUAAGUAACAAAAAGUGAUUUAUUAAAAGUACAAAUUCCAAACCCAACGAUAUAGUGAGUAAAGCAAUAAAGUAGCGCAAACAUGAGACCAUUCCAGGUUGGCGAUUGCACAAGAACAAUAACAGGUGGACUGAAUCGGGCAUUCGGCAAUAAGGAACCAUGGCAAGUUGCUGCCAUUACAGCAACAACAGUGCUGGGCACUGUGUGGUUAUGGACAUUCAUCAAUCAGGAUGAGAGCGUCUUCGUACGUGGCAAGCGUCAAUUCUUCCGCUUGGUCAAGAAACUGCCCGCCGUGCGUCGCAAGAUCGAUGCUGAAAUCUCGAAGGCUAAGCGCGAUUUCGAGGGUGAAAUAAGUAAAAGCUGCAGUGAUCUCAAUUGGUCACUGGAACUGCCGGCUAACGGGUUGAGCCGCCAAGAAAUUCUACAGCUGGUAGAUAAACAUUUGAAUAUUGGCCAUUAUAAUUGGCGUGAGGGACGCGUUUCGGGCGCAGUGUACGGUUUCAAGGAAGAACUGGUCGAACUGAUCACGGAGGUGUACGGCAAGACGUCAUAUACAAAUCCAUUGCAUCCCGACAUAUUCCCGGGCGUGUGCAAAAUGGAGGCCGAGGUGGUGCGCAUGGCGUGUACACUCUUCCAUGGCGAUGCAAAUAGUUGCGGCACGAUGACCACCGGCGGCACGGAGUCCAUAUUGAUGGCGUGUAAAGCAUAUCGUGAUUAUGCGCGUGAAACGCGUAAUGUGCAACGACCGAAUAUGAUUGUGCCGAAAACAGUGCAUGCGGCGUUCGACAAGGCAGCACAAUACUUCAAAAUACAUAUAAUUUAUGUAGAUGUGGAUCCGAAGUCAUUAGAAGUGGACGUGGAAGCAGUGAAGCGUGCUAUUAACUCUAAUACCAUACUGCUGGUCGGUUCAGCACCGAAUUUCCCUUACGGCACCAUCGAUGAUAUUGAAGCUAUUGCCGCUUUGGGCGUCAAAUACAAUAUACCGGUGCAUGUGGACGCUUGUCUGGGCAGUUUUGUUGUGGCGCUCACCAGAGAGGCGGGCUAUAAAAUCAAGCCUUUCGAUUUUGCCAUCAAUGGCGUCACUAGCAUCUCAGCUGAUACACACAAGUAUGGUUUUGCGCCCAAAGGUUCCUCCAUCAUACUUUACUCCGAUCAGAAGUAUCUGAAUCAUCAAUUCACCGUAACCACCGAUUGGCCUGGCGGCGUCUAUGGCUCACCCACCGUGAAUGGCUCGCGUGCCGGUGGCAUUAUUGCCGCCUGCUGGGCAACUAUGAUGAGUUUCGGCCAUGAAGGUUAUCUGGAGGCGACCAAACGCAUUGUGGACACCUCGCGUUACAUUGAGGCGGCCAUACGCAAAGUGGAUGGCGUCUACGUUUUUGGCAAACCCGCCACGUCUGUGGUCGCUAUUGGCUCUAAUGUUUUCGAUAUUUUCCGUCUGUCGGAUGCGCUCUGCAAGUUGGGUUGGAAUUUGAAUGCGUUGCAGUUUCCCUCUGGCAUACACAUUUGCGUGACGGACAUGCACACCCAACCAGGCGUUGCCGACAAGUUCAUAGCUGACUUCAAAGCGUCUGUCGCUGAAAUCAUGAAAGAUCCCGGUCAACCCGUUGCGGGUAAAAUGGCAAUUUAUGGCAUGGCUCAGGCCAUACCAGAUCGCUCAGUGGUGGGCGAUGUGACGCGUGCUUUCCUCAACAGCAUGUACUUCACACCAGCCAAGAAUUGAGUGGUGCUUCGUUGGGGAGUGCUAGUGCAUUUGUUGUUUAUUAGCAGUAUGCUUUAUAAAUGUGUGUCAAAUCGGUAGUAAAAAGUGUUGUGUAAUGAAAUUGCUCAUCUUUUUUAUAGUAAUUAUUAUUUUUUAUUUGGAAAAAUUGUACACUUUAAAUAUUUUAGUUUAUCCAAUGCCUUGGAUAUGAAAAAAUUAUUGCUCAAAAACAAAUGUUUGUUGUGCUCAUCAAAAAUAGUUCUCGCUUAAGUUAAAAAUUGCAAAUUAUUGUUACAAUUAUUGAAGCGCUUAGUUUUAAAUUUUUUAUUUUGUGAUUUAUUUGUAAAGAGUGUUGUAAAGCUGCAAAAAAUUGUGUCAAAUGCAAAGUACUUAGUAUUCUAUUUAAUAAAUAUAUAAAAUUUUCAAAUUAAGUUGAAAUUUUUUCCAUUUAAAAUAAUUAUAAUCAUUAUCAUAUUUCAAACGGGCUCAAUAUAGUUUUAUACAAGUCACAAAUUCUUCCUAAAUUUUUUUUCAUUUAAGCAUACAGAAAGAGCAUUGUUUGUGUAAAUCAGUAGCAUUUAAAAUAUUUUUUACUUAAAAAUGUUGAAAUUUAAAAUUAUAAAAUCUGAAUGUACACAUUUUUUAACUUAAUAAAUGUUGCUGUGAGUUAAAGUAUGAAAAAAACCAGUAA